ACGUCGUGGGGAAAAGCGUCUCUGCUUCCGCACUGUCAACACUCUGCUGAAUUGUCUUGUGUGAUUUCGGACAUUUAAAUUAGUCUAGUUUGUGAGCAAGAACAUAUGUGGUGAUUUAUUAACAGCGGGUUAGACAGGCAUCGCGCAAUUAUGAAUUUGGAGCUGCCUUUGGCGAUGGUGGCGGUGCUGGCGAGCAUGACGUCAGCGCUGGACCUUCCUCCCCUCGUCCUUCCAGGCGACGUUAUCGUGGGCAUAGUAGCAGAUCUUCACGGGCGCGGCUUUCCUGAGGGCGGCUGCGGCGCCGUGGGCGUGCGUGCGGUGGAGGAGGUGGCGGCGGCGGAGUGGGCGCUGGCCACCAUCAACAACCAGUCUCAGCGCGACUAUACCAUAGGUCUGCGGGUGUAUGACGCAUGCGGCGACGAGGAUGCGGCGCUGCGGCAAACUGUACGGCUUUUGCAGGACACUCAGCCUCCGAAUCCCCCUCUCCUAGGUGUGGUUGCUUUGGGCAGCUCGAGAGUAGCCUCAGGCACGGCGGCGCCCUUGCACGCCUUCACCACGCCCAUCUUGGUGACUGACGCCCGCGCCGCCCACACUAUCACACCCGCUGAUAACGUCUUCACCACAGCACCCCACCUCACGGACCAGCUGCAGGCAGUGUUGGCCACGGCCGUGCGUCUCGGGGGCGCAGGAGUAGGCGUCAGUGUCGUGUCCAGCUGCGACCACGCCACCCGCGUCCUGCAGGAGAGGGCGGCCCGGGCGGGCAUCAAGAUCCUUCACACGCUGCAGGAGGAGGACGCCACGACCCUCGGGCGGGACGUUACGCGCUUCGUCACCGGGCAGGUGGGCUACGGCGGCGUGAUGGUGGUGCUUCUCAGUGCUGCAGAGAUCAAUCUGCUGACUGCCGAGUUGGAGGUGCGUCUGCUGAGGAAGCUGAGGCUCCGCUGGGUAGUGACGCCAUUGGACGGCGAACCUUCGCUCGGGGGACUUCACGAAGAACAGCUACGGAAGAAACUGCCAGGUUCCCUGCUGGUGGAGGCGCACUCGCCCGUCAUCCCGGGGUUCACGCAGUACUUCGCUGCCGCCGUAACCGACAACACGUCCGUCGUAGCGCCGCUCGCACGCCGCUCGCUGCGCGCCUCCUCGCACUGCGACCCCGAGGUCUCCGAUUCCCCGUGUUCAGUGCUGAAUGCUGACGACGUCGGGCGCCUGGUGAGCGGCGCACCUACCACAGCCACUGUCAAAGCUGUGUCCUCCCUGGCUGCUGCCUUCAGACUUGUUCAGAUUGAACGCUGUUCCAAGGGUGUCCACUGCCUACAGGCACUUCGGCAGGACUUGCACGAAGACGUCCUGAAGGCUCUGCUUAAACUGUCGUUUACUGUAGGCGGCGGUGCAGAUCGCAUCCGUUACACUGCUGACGGCCGUCUGGUCAACACCUUUACCAUAAAGCGAGUUUCAUCCGAGGGCCUCCAUCAGGUCGGCGUCUAUCGUGAGGACACGGGUGUUGUGUGGUCACCGGGCGAGGUAUGGGGAGCUGACUCUGGUGUCCAUGGGCGUGAGGGAAGAACUUUGGGAUUGGUGGCGCCUGAGGAUGGAGAGGAGAACACUAGUGGUGUCCAGGCUGUCCUGCUUACUCAUGAGGACUAUGUUGGCCGAACGUGGGCAUUCUCUGUAUUAGUACUAGCAUGUGUGGGUGUGAUGGCGGCCUUGUAUGUGGCUGUGUAUGUCGCCUUGAGGGUGUGUGAUGGGACACUCACUGGACCUCAGGUUUUGGGUGCUGUUCUUCUGAUUGGAGUUAUGGGUACAUAUGCAUCUUGUGUAGUCUACGUUCUGCCCCCAAUGCCCAUCACUUGUGCUGUGCGAGAAUGGGCACCACCCAUGUGUCUGGCACUGUGUUAUGGCAUUCUUCUGGUGAAAUCAAUGCAUCUUCGAGCUCUUGUGUCUGUUGGCCUGGGAGGAGAGGUCUCUCAAGUGAAUCUGCAUGUGUCCCUGCUGUUCAUCAUGGGUGUACAAGGAUCGCUGUGUGUGCUGGGUCAUGCUGGUGGACAAGGAGCAGGAGAGGAACCUCUAGUUAAGAUAGGACUAGAUGGUGAGCGUCACUGUGGAGAGAACCGUGUGGCCACACUUUCAACUCGAAUUUAUUUGAUUGUUCUGCUUUUAAUCACUCUUGUUCUUGGGACCCUGAACCGGAAAAUCCAUAGAAACCACAAUGAGGGCCAAUGGUUAUUGUUAACAUCAUGUGUAUCAGCUCCUGUUGUUGGUGUGUGGACUGUGAUGAGCUACAUGGCUCCAGCCCCAAUGGAAGCACCCACCACCAGCGUGGCUCUCCUAGCUCUCGCCUCAAUUAUCUUAGGCCUUGUGUUCAUACCUAAGAUGAGGAUCAUUGCUCGUCAGGCUAAGGAAUUCAGACACAAACAGUUAGCUGCUGCCAACUCUGUAUCAACAAUUUUUACCCAAAUGGAUGGUGGUCCAUUGGGUGGAAUUUCUCCUCUGCAAGAUGGGUUGAAACCUCCAAAGGGAGACAGUCCUAGAUUACACCAAAAGGAUACUGUAGGAUCCACAAGGUCAUCUUUGGCAUCGCAGCAGAGCUACAGGGCUGCUUUCAAUGCUGCUUAUGGAAUUCCGCAAGAGUCGCCCCUCAACACUCCUCGUCAUGUCAUGAGAAACCCCAUUUAUGAUGCAUCUCAUGGUGCUUACCCGUGAAUGGCAAAGGAAAAAAUUACAAAAUCUUUACUCAUGAUGUUGAAGUACACAGGUCUUACUUAUUAUUAUUAUUUUUUUUUUUUACUCUUAUAGCUCUAUAUUAAAGCCUUCUUGAUGUAUUGUAAGAGAAAAAGUGCCUAGGGAACUGCUUAGUACAAACAAUUGCCAGUAUUGGAACUUAACAGUGGCAAAAUUUUUGAAAUAAGGGAAAGGUGUUGGAAACUUUAAGUGUUUUCUCAGUCCAUAUUGUGAUUGAGCACAGGUGUUUGCUUUUUUAUUAUUAUUGUUAUUAAUAUUAUUAUUCAAAUUCACAGACUGUAUGGCUAAAAAUGUUGAUGCUGAUCUUUUAUUUUUUGUAUUUAGUUGUUUCCUAGAGUGAAAGGUAUUCUUUUUAUUUAUUAUUAUUAUUUUUUUUUUUUUUUGUGUUAUAUAUGGAGAGAAAAUGGAUACUGAUAUACACAGUAUUUUAUAUACAACUCAGAUUAUGUUUGGGCUUUAUAAAGAUGACAAUAGUGCAAAAACUGUGUAUUCUGACAAGCACUAGCAACUACCAAAGUCAUAGUUUUAACCAUAUGCAUUUUAUGCUUUUUAUUUUACAAUUCAUAAAAUGUAAAGUAUGAUAAUAUGUUAAUCCUUCAGAAGGCAUUGACUGAAUUUUGCUUUGCAUUCUUGUGUAUAGUUUUUCCCUUUAUUAAUAAAUGAUGCACAUAUGCACAAAUUCAAAUGUCACUGAUUUCCAAAGUGAAUUUAUUUUAAGGUUGAGUGGGUAUAUCCCUUUUUUUCAAUAUAUAAGUCUACAGUAUUCUCCUUUCAGAAUAUAGGAGUAUCAGUUACUAAAUAGGAAUGUAGCAAUAAUUAUUUUUUAUAUGGCUUUGCAAAACUUUUGGCCUAAUUUGAGCUUUAAUUUUGUUAAGAUAAUGAUUAUGUACAGUGUUCAGUUUUUAGGCCACGACGUCAGUUUCACGGUGACUAGUAUUAGAAGUGUGAAUCUUCUCUUUAGGAUUUAUAGUAUUUUUAGCUGUAUCUAGUCUGGUUCUUGUUCUGCAGUUAAGUAGAAGAAUCUCUCUCAUCUGCUUCAAUCACAGAAACAUGUAAAACAAUAUAAUUAAUAUAACUGUACAUGUAUCCUGAAUUGAAUUACAGUUCUGUUGGAGUAGUAUUUCAGUUUGAUUGUGAACUGUCCUGUGAAGCAGUAGUGAAAUAGAUGAAUGUAUUAGACAUACCUCAUUUAUUGCAGUGUUUUAGUUUAUAUUGGAUAAAUUACAUGACAUUCAUUUAAGUACUGAAUGAUCAGUUAAAUUACUUAAAUGUGGAGAGUUUAAGGUUGUAUAAUACAAGGGAGGUCAAUUUGAUAAAUCUGGCAAAGCAGGUUUUGACAUGGAGAUCAUUUCUAACAUUGUUAAGUAUGGUACUCUUAAAAUCAUCUUCCACAUAUAUAUUUAUACACUGAAAAGUACCAAUUAGCACAUCCACUUGGAAAAUGGCUUGAAAAAUAUUAGGGGUACUUUUAACCGUACCAGCCUCAAAAGUUAAUGGCAAAACCAAGAGUACUGGAAAUACUAUCUAGCAGAGUCUUCUUUCUAUUAGUACUAUUUUUAGAGGCAUGGCCAGUAAUAUUAGAGCCAUUUUCUUGGUGGUUACAGUAAUCAGUAUUUUACUAAUACUGCAUGGAAUACAGUUUUAAAGUCCCAAAGUAGUGGCAGUACUUCCCAACUCUGCAUUAGACUGAUACUUAUGUAUGUAAAUCUUAGUUAUUAGAAUAACAAAAAAUUGAUUAGGAAUACAGAUUAGAAAUGUAGAGGGUAUUACCACACUUUUUACUCAUUUUAGUAUGAAUUUUUGUUAUUUAAUUAUUUUUUCUGACUAUUGUAAUCUGUUAAGACUAAACAAAAUUAGGCCCAGUAUAUGAUUUUGUUCGAUGUAAUAUUACUAGGGAAAUAUUUGAAUGUAAACUUAGAAGCUUCUGAAUAAAUGGCAUGAAGACAUAGAUGCUCACAAUGUCUGCCUUGCAUUGAACAACUUCUAGAUUCCUGAGAAGGAUCAUUUGGCUUCCCAUUUGGAAAACAUCCUGAUGAGGAUAUGUGGUUUAUCGUGUAGCUGCUUGCUAUAGUUAACUAUUGCAGAAAGCAUGAAUGGGGCAGGUACUGUUUGUUAUGAGAAUGAUGCUCAUAAAAAAAGUAAUUCUGUUGUAAUGAGAACCAAUGUUGAUGGUACUUUCUACAUGAAAAGUCAGAUGUUUAAACAAAUAAAGUAUAUUGCAAUAACUAAAAGAUGAUUUUAAUUCUGAUAUGACAGAUUAUUACAAUUAACUAUUAUACAUAUUACCCUCUUAUAUUAUUUUCAGUUAAUGACUUUCUGCCCUAGUAGUCAUGAAAACAUAAUUACUACAGCAGAAUCAGAACAUUGCCAUCUAUGCCAUUAAGUUUUCACAUGAGUUUGUGUCACCCACUGUUGGCAAGUUGGUCGCUUUAGGGUUUACCAAGGCUUGGUUGUCCAUUUUACAAAUGACUGUUCAUUUUUUUAUAUUUAAUAUGAUAUAAUAAUUGUCUUAACUAUUUUUUUUGUUAUAUGCCAUGGAUUAGCAUGUCAUGUUUAGGUGCAAAUAUUAAGUCUACUUGGUAGGCAGACUAGACAUGACAUGAUAUGAUUAUAUCAUAAUUAAAAUAUAUUAAGAGUGAGCAAUGCCAUAUAAGUUUCUCAUGGGUUUGACCAGUCUUAAGUGAAUACAUAUAUAAAUAUAUGAACAUAUAUUUUCUGGUGUAUUAAUCUCAGACAAUAAACAUAUAUUCAGGA